AUGCUUCCUUCCAAGCCUGUAGGUUUCUCCAGCGUCAUGGACGCCUCAAACUCCCCAGAGGAACUCCUUGAUAACAGUGUUUACCAGUUUGACGGCAAUGUGAGGGCCAGGUACUUCUGGUAUGGUAUUGCUGCCCUCAUUGGUGUGACGGCCAUCUUGAACUUGCGUUGGCGUCUUGACUUGAGAUUGAGGAAGCGCUCAAAACCAGCAAGCAAUAGUUCUUCAAGUAUCUUUUUUCAGGCUACUAAUGCUGCCACAAACUUGGCACGUCGGGCGACAUAUCUUCAAGUGACUCCACCUGGUAGGGCAUUCUGGUUCAAAGUCCCGCCUCUAGGUGUUGUCUACUUAAUCCUCGCCUAUAUCUUGUUCAUUCUCCUUCUCGAAUUCUUGAAUGAUCACGGUUUUACGGGCCGUACAUGGUGGACAAUGGUUGGUCUUUGCGCUGGAUGGCUCACUGUCGCUCAAAUUCCACUCGUCGUCCUGCUCGUCAGCAAACAUAGUCUCAUCGGGUUGUUAACCGGGGUUUCCUAUGAGAGACUCAACGUUUUUCACCGUUGGGUUGCACGUGGUAUGUUACUUCUGGCAACACUCCAUUUCGCUUUCCUCGCGUCGCGAUGGGGUCGUGUUCCGGGUCUCCUAUCUUCGGAGUGGGCAACUAAUGACGCUUUCCGCUCCGGCGUAACGACUUAUGUGAUUCUUUUCUGGAUGAGCUUCUCAACCGUUGCGCCCCUGAGACACUUCUCGUGGGAGUUCUUCGUUUUCCAGCACAUAAUUACCUACAUGGGUUUUAUCAUUGCCGUUUCGAUACAUAUUCCAAGCGACGCCAAUGAUGCUCACGCCUAUGUCUAUGUUGCGGUUGCCUUAUACCUGGUUGAGCGGCUGGUUUACUUUGCUCGCUUUGCUUUCACCAACUCUGGUUCCAGCAAAGUGACUCUCGAGUCCCUGGAAGGAGAUGUCACAAAAAUGUAUGUGACAAAUCGUCGCAUCAAGACCUGGGCUCCCGGAUCACACGUCAUGAUUGGUAUUCCACGAUUCGGUCUGGUUCAAUCCCACCCUGCCACUAUCAUGUCGAUCCCUAGCUCCCAUAAUGGAGAGGUGGUCUUGCUAUUGCGAGCCUACAAGGGGUUUACCAGGCGCAUCUACGAAGAGAACCACAAAAGACCAAGAGAGAUACCUGACGAUGUGUCAUUGCAAGAAGGACAGUCGAGAAGCUCUAUGAAACAGUAUGCGGCUUUGAUCAAUGGGCCAUACGGAUCAUCGCAUGCCGAAUUCGUCUCAUUCAAGACUGUCGUCUUAAUUGCUGGCGCUACAGGUGUGACUUUCACCAUGUCUGUCUUGCUUGACCUUGCCCAUCGAGCCGCCGUUGCAGCAGAGAAUGGUGAUACACCGUACCCUGUGCGCAAAGUCACAUUUGUAUGGCUGAUACGGAAAUCUGUCUGGGUUGAAUGGAUCUCAGACGAGUUGCGAAUAGCAGUGUCUGACCUUGAAAAGGCGGGAAUUACGUUUGAAUUGCAAAUUUUUGUGACCAAGUCGGAUAGCGAAGAUACGAUUCUAAGCAAUAGUCCGAAGCUGGGUCCUCAAUAUCUUGAGAAAGUUGAUGGGGCGAGGACAACUCACAGCAUAUCUGGUUCGUGUUUUGACUCGGGCCGUCCGACCUGGAAAGAUCUGUUGCGCAAUGUUCUUUCCGAUGCCGAAGGAGAAAGUGCCGUGGGUGUAUGUGGUCCUCUGAGCCUUUCAGUUGAUAUUCGGAAAGAGGUCGUUUCACUGAGUUCUGAGGGGACUCGACUUCUCUACUUGCAUGUCGAAAGCUUUUCCUAG